UUUGCAUUUGAAUGAAUACCUUCAGUUUCCCAUCGUCGACCCCGCCUCCUUCACGAGCGUUUCCGCGCCUUUCAAUCAACGCUUUCGCCGCCUUCUCCGUCUAAAUUAGCUCUUCUAGCCAUCGUAACCGAAGCGCUCACGACCGCGAUACCUAUUGCUCCAUCCGCAACUCCGUACGUCUAAUCGCGCAUUGCGUGACAGAUCCCCGAAGUUCCAAGCCAAACGACCAAGUGGCAACAUCAGCAACAUUUCGUUCUCCUUUAGGGCUUCGUGACCUCGCAAACAACUCGACGCGCUCCCUUGCCGACCCUGAGCCCCAUAGGCACAAGAAACCCAUAGGAAAAGAACACCCCAACGAUACCGCUCUUCUCGCGCUCGGAACCGCACCUUUAAACAAGCCGUGAUCCCAGAGAGUCACAGCGAGGUGCUAUCCAAGUGCUGGAAGGGUCCCUUGCUUACCCCUUGCCCAUGAGUCAUCUACUUUGGAAAUUUUACUGGGAAAACGAUGUCGAACGGUUUCGGCGUCUACUGGCCCCGGCCGGCCACACGGCUCAAACCGCCACGAGAAGCCCAGGCAUAGGCGCCGCUGGACCCCUGGGGGGUAGUCCCGGUCCGUACGGAACCUCUCCCCGGAACGUCAAAUCGCGCAAGGCCUCCGCCGUUGGCAUCGGCGCCUCCUCUUUCAAGAACACAAACACGAGCCUUGGCAAGGCUGAAAUCAACAGCCGCGACCACGCCGGUCUCACCGUGCUCCUCCGAGCCGCGUCCUCGACCGAUUCCACCGCCAUCCUCUUCGUCCAGGCACUGCUCGACCACCCCUCUGUCGAUCUCUACGUCCAAGACACCGAGAGCGGCUGGAAUGCUCUUCACAGGGCACUAUACAACGGAAAUGUUGCGAUUGCGCGCCUUCUCCUCGAACGAGAGCGCAGAAUCUUGACGGAACAGACGCUGGGGAGCUCCGUGGCCAAGGCUGGUCAGCUGAUCAAGACCAAGGACCGCGAAGGCAACAGCCCUUUCGAUCUGUACAACUCGACUAUUGCUGUGCGAACCCUUGGCGGAUCGGGGGACUCGGAGGAUUCCGACCUCGACUCAGACUUGGAUGACGCCUCGGAUGGAGGCCAGGCAUUGAUGAGGUCCGUGGCCGCACUCGGCGGCGCAUCCGAGGGCGAGGAGAUCUUCAUGUUCGGAAGCAACCGAAACAUCUCGCUUGGGGUUGGUGACGAAGAUGAUCGACAGUAUCCCGAGAGGAUCACUUUGAAGAGACCGGAUCAACUCGUGCGCAGGUUCCAUGAGGAAUAUCUCGCAAAGUCGAAAGGAACGGCAAACCCUGCGGCUGACGACGCAGACAUGGAGGAAAUACCCGCCUUGAUCAGGAACCGACCGCUACGAAUUCACGACGCCGUCCUGUCCAAGUUGCACACAGUCGUCUUGACAACCGAUCCUGUGUCAAACCUGUACAUCUGUGGUGUCGGCCGUGGCGGUCGUCUUGGUCUGGGCGACGAGAAUACCCAGUUCCGCUUUGUGCCAGUCCAGGGAGUUCUAGCCGACAAAAAGGUGGUACAGGCUGCGCUUGGUCAGAACCACACCAUGGCAGUCACGGAUGCCGGCGAACUCUGGACCUGGGGAUCCAACAGCAGCUCUCAGCUGGGUUACAGCUUGCCGCCGCCGGCUAGGCAAGAUGAAGAACCGAUGAGCACCACCCCGCGACAAGUGUUUGGGACGCUCAAGAAGGAAGUCGUCGUAGGCGUUGCAGCAUCCGCCGUACACUCCGUGGCCCACACAUCGACGUCUCUGUUCUGCUGGGGUAAGAACCUAGGCCAGCUGGCACUCAUGGAUGCGGAUUCGAGGUCUUUGGACGUUCAACAAACACCCCGCAAAGUUGCUGCAUCCCUUUUCUCUUCGCCCAUCGCCGCAGUCUCCGCCAUUGAUAAGGCGACCACAGUCUUGCUGGCCGAUAGCACCGUCUGCGUGUUUACCAGCUACGGCUACAACUUUGUCAAAUUUCCCUCCCCUGAUGUUUUAAUCAACCACCAGUUCACCACAUCCAUGUCAACAAGACACAGCUCAGCGAGAAACCAAGUUAGCCGUAUCACCUCUGGUGGUGAGACGAUUGCUGCGAUCACCACGAGAGGCGAUCUUUUCACAAUGACGCUAAAUCACAAGACUGAUGCUAUCCCCGCGGCCGCUUCCACAACAAACCCAUCCAAGAUCAAGGGCGCUGUCACGACGCCGCAGUGCGUGUGGAACGCCCGGAAGGACGGUGUCAAGUCGGCGAGCGUUGGCGAGCACGGCGCUGUCAUUAUCUGCACAGAGUCGGGUGCAGUCUGGCGGCGAAUCAAGCGUGCCAAAGCAAAAGAUGCCGCCAUACCAGGGUCGUCGGAUAUCAAGCGAAAGGACUUCAAGUUUCAGCGCGUCCCUAGCGUGACGAACGCCGUCGCUGUCAGAAGUUCCACAUUCGGAGCGUUUGCAGCAAUUCGCAAAGACUGCGACGUAAUGAAGCAACAGAUCAGCAUCAAUGAACAGUCCCUCUGGGAGGAUGUGUCAUCUUUGCUUGUAUUGAGAGGUUUCCAAGCCUCGACGCCGGAUGGCUGUGACAAGGACACGCUCGGGUUCUGGAAGGCUGAAGACUUGAAAUAUCGCAUUGGAGAUUUAGCCUUCGAGCUUCUCAAGAGUGCGGACUUGGAGUGUGAUCUGCGCCGAUUCCUGUACGGGAGUCCGCAGAAGGAUUUCAACAUGGAGAUCCGUACCUCAAGUUCACCGGACAUUAGAAUCCCGGUCCACUCAUGGCUUCUGACAGCUCGAAGCCGUGUUCUGCGAAAUUUGCUAAGCGAGUACCGCAACGGCGGCGAGUGCGAGAUCCCUCAAGUUUUGAGACUGGCAGAUGACGAGGGUAAGACAGUCGUCACAUUCGAAUCCAUCGACUUGCUCUCUCUGGUCAAUCUGGCGGUCUACUGCUACGAUGACACUGUCGUUCCGGCCUGGAACCACACCCGUCAAGCGCCCUCUUUGGCUCACAGGUACCGUCAAGUUCGAAACGAGUUGAUGAAGCUGGCGACCAGGUUGGACAUGACGAAGCUUGAAGCGUCUGUGCGUCUACAGACAACGGCAGAGAAAUCGCUUGACAAAGAUUUGCUGAAGGCGACCCAUGACGCGAAGUACUACGAGGACGCGGAUGCCCUCGUUGAGCUCGACGGUGAAGAGGUGCCGAUUCACAGCCAACUUAUGCGUCAACGGUGCGAGUUUUUCGAAGGUCUCUUCCAUGGACGCGCCGGCGGAAUGUGGCUCGCGGGCCGCCGGGACGACAUGGACGAGGAAGAGCUCGUACGGGUGGAUCUGACUCACUGCGAUCCCGAGGCCUUUCGGUACGUCUUGCGAUACCUCUAUGCAGACGUUGGGUCCGAGCUCUUCAACGAAGCCACUGCAGCGAACAUUGAUGACUUCUCCGAUCUCGUCAUGUCUGUUAUGAGUAUUGCGAACGAGCUCAUGCUCGACCGGCUGUCCCAGAUCUGUCAGUUUAUCAUCGCGCGCUUCGCCAAUACUCGGAAUAUUGCCUUGCUCCUAAACGAAAUCAGCGCUUGUUCGGUUACAGAAUUCAAGGACGCCGGCCUGGAAUAUAUCUGCUUGCAGAUGGAGGUCGUACUGGAGAACCACCUUUUGGAUGACUUGGAAGAUGAUCUGUUGGAGGAGCUGGACACCGUCGUGCGAGAGAAUCAGCUAGCUCGCUAUCCUUUUGCGAGGAGUGGCCGAGCCGAGAUGCUUUUGUUCGAAAAGGACAAUGAUCUUGCACUCGACAUUGACGAAGAGCGACGAAGAAGGGUGCGAGAAAUGGCUUUCCGGUCCACGCAGCGAGAUGAUGACAGGAGGAUGUCGUCCUCGUUCAAGACCACCAGGUACGGCAGCCUCGACGAUGUGGCCGCUGCCGUGUCUCCCAACUUAGAGAAAAGCCGACGCAGGUCCAAGGCUAGCCGGAACGAGCCAUUCAGUCCUAUUUUGAGACCUAAAGACUCUCAAGGGGACCUCAUGUUCAACAUGGAUGACGAAGGCCUUUCCCCUCCCACCUCUCCAUCGCAAAGGGCCGCAGACAUGAAGGGGCGGUCUGAGACGGAACGGCUGCCUUCAUUACCAGGUCCCUGGAGGGACACAAAAGGCCAAGCCGGGUCGCCUCAGUUCCCGGUGCAAAGCCAUCCGACGGGUAUACUCGGCCAGCUUGGCAUAAGCCCCUCGCCAACGGACUCUCGCGGGUUCGGUGCUCAAAGGUCCGGCAGCCCGUGGGCCGCAGCGGCUCUCCCGACGGAAAAGAUGGACUUGCGUCAGGUCUUGACAGAGACGCCAACGAAAUCGGCUCUGUCGGCCGGCAUUGCCGCCCAAAAGGGCAAGGAGGCCUCUCCGAAGCCAGCUCAGCCCAAGAUAUCGCAGAAGGAGCGCAAGAAGCAGCAGCUGGCCCAGGCGGCGGCACAAGCAGCGCUCGAGGCCGAAGCUCAACAACCCAAAGUGGCCUGGGAUCCGGAGGCGGCCAGCCAUAAACCGGCACCUUGGAAGGUGCUUUCAAGCGGACCAAAUACAUCACUCAAGGACGUCAUGAUCAAGGACUCGGCCACGGGAAUGUCGCCUCUAGCCGCCAAGACCAAGCCGCUGCUCUCGGUUGAGAGUUCUGCGAAAUCGUCGCCACGAAGAGCCGCGUCGCCGGACACACGUUUCCCGGGCCAGUCCCGUGUGAGUAGCUCUCCUGCAGUGCCGAGCACCUCAUUAAGUCAGUCGGCGGCGAAGCCCCUGGUACCGCACUCAAAAUCGUACAUGACGCCGGCCAGCAAGGCCGAGCCGAUCUUGGGGCUGAGUCUGCAAGACAUCAUUGGGCAACAAAAGCGUGAACAGGAGAUUGUCAAGGAAGCAGUUGCAAAGAGGUCGAUGCAGGAGAUACAGCAAGAGCAGGAGUUUCAGCAGUGGUGGGACCAGGAGACGAGGCGUGUGCAGGAGGAGGAGGCCCGGAGAGAAGCCAAGGACAAGGCGAAGGAGGGAAGGAGUCAGAAGGACAGCAAACGAGGGAGACGCGGCCGUGGUGGUCCCGGGGGUAGCAAAAGUGGCGGCCACCCGGGGCAGGAGCAAGGUGCGGGCGGCAGCGCCGAAACCGACAGAAGACCGGCUAAGACCUCGAGCGGGCCGGCGAACAACACGCGAGGGCGAGGCAAUCGCGGACGGGGGAGAGGUGGUAAGGCAUUUGCAUCUGCAUCUGCGUCUGCAUCCGCAUCUUGAUUAUC